GAGUUCCGAAUCCGGAGCAAGACCUAGCCUGGGGCACCUCGGGAUCCGCCCCUCACAUCCCGCCCGUGUCCGUGGCUCCCAGGCCGCAGCGGAGGCCCACGAGGUGCUUCUGUCGGCACCCAGUCCGGAAAUGCCAGGGUUACAGGAGGCUGCACCGAGCGCUUUCUCUUUGUGGGGCCUGCCUCAGCCCUGCCAGGUUCUGGUUGCUCGAGCCGUCUAAAGAAUCCCGAAGUUUUUGACCAGAGGACCUGCAGGAAAUUCCACAGUAAACUCGAAGACUUAGAUCAAGCCCUAGUGGCUGGAUCUUUUAUCAAGCAGAAAUGCAUCGAACAACCAGAAUCAAGAUCACUGAGCUAAAUCCCCACCUAAUGUGUGUACUUUGUGGAGGGUACUUCAUUGAUGCCACUACCAUAAUAGAAUGUCUACAUUCCUUUUGUAAAACAUGUAUUGUACGUUACUUGGAGACCAGCAAGUAUUGUCCUAUCUGUGAUGUCCAAGUUCACAAAACUAGACCACUACUGAAUAUAAGGUCAGAUAAAACUCUUCAAGAUAUUGUGUACAAGUUAGUUCCAGGGCUUUUCAAAAAUGAAAUGAAAAGAAGGAGGGACUUUUAUGCAGCUCAUCCUUCAGCUGAUGCUGCCAAUGGUUCUAAUGAAGACAGAGGAGAGGUUGCUGAUGAGGAUAAGCGAAUUAUAACUGACGAUGAGAUAAUAAGCUUAUCUAUUGAGUUCUUUGAUCAGAACAGAUCUGAUCGGAAGGUAAACAAAGAGAAAUCAAAGGAGGAGGUGAAUGAUAAAAGAUACUUACGAUGCCCAGCAGCAAUGACUGUGAUGCACUUGAGGAAGUUUCUCAGGAGUAAAAUGGACAUACCUAAUACUUUCCAGAUUGAUGUCAUGUAUGAAGAGGAACCUUUAAAGGAUUACUAUACACUAAUGGACAUUGCCUACAUUUAUACCUGGAGAAGAAAUGGCCCUCUUCCUUUGAAAUACAGAGUCCGGCCAACUUGUAAAAGAAUGAAGAUCAGUCACCAGAGAGAUGGGCUGACAAAUGCGGGAGAACUGGAAAGUGACUCUGGGAGUGACAAGGCCAACAGCCCAGCAGGAGGUAUUCCCUCCACCUCUUCUUGUUUGCCCAGCCCCAGUACUCCAGUGCAGUCUCCUCACCCCCAGUUCCCUCACAUCUCCAGUACUAUGAAUGGAACCAGCAACAGCCCCAGUGGUAACCACCAAUCUUCCUUUGCCAGUAGACCUCGAAAAUCAUCAAUAAAUGGGUCAUCAGCAACUUCAUCUGGUUGAGUCCUGAGACUGUUAAGGAAAAGAUUUUUCAACCCCUGAUUUAGAUACCUUCAUCCAUUACAGCUUUAUAGAUGCUAAUACAUGUGACUAUUGUCCAGUUUGCUUUUUUUUGUAGUGACAUUAAAUUUGGCCAUAAAAGAUGGACUAGAUGUGACACAUCAUAUGGAUGUUAAUUGAAAGCAAAGAUUGUUUCUGUAAAGAAUUGGAUUCUGAGGGGGCAGGCAAGAUGUUUUUUCUGGGUUAGGAAAGAUGCGAAAUGGUUUGGAUUUGGAAAUGUUCUGCGGUGGGUAGAAACAUUGGGCCAUAGUUUGUUAAUCUCAAUUAACACUUACAUUGCAUUCUCUUUGAUUGUUCUUGUUAUUAUGCUGUUUUGUGAACCUGUAGAAAACAAGUGCUUUUUAUCUUGAAAUUCAGCAAAUGGAAAGAAUAAGCAUAGAAUAAUGCAUUCUAUGUAGCCAUGUCACUGUGAAUAACAAUUUCUUGCAUAUUUAGCCAUUUUAAUUCCUGUUUGAUUUUUUACUUCUCUGUUGCUACACAAAAUGAUCAAAGGAAACUUCAGUUUUACAAUCUGUAUGCCUAAAAGCGGGUACUACCGUUUAUUUUACUGACUUGUUUAAACGAUUCGCUUUUGUAAGAAUCAGAUGGCAUUAUGCUUGUUGUACAAUGCCAUAUUGGUAUAUGACAAACAGGAAACAGUGUUGUAUGAUAUAUUUAUAAAUACUAUAAAAUAUUGUGUUUCAUGCAUUCAGAAACAGUUGUUAAAAUUCUCCAAACUUGUUCGACCUUUGCAGAUGCCCUACGUUGAGGCUUACUUACCACCAGCACACAAUUUAUCUUAAUACUGAUGACUAGUUUCAAAUUCUUUUCCACUUAGAAGCAAAUGGCAGAUUAUCCUAGUUCUGGCUUUUCUCCAAUACUUUGAAAAUUAAUGUUGCAGUAAAGAAAAAUUUUAACCAAGGCAAUUGGAAAUAAUGUUUUAACUUUCCAUUGGUUAAAAUAGAAGUAAUGUGUUUUUAAAUACUAUUUAUCACUGGAAUUCUAAAAUAGAUUUUAAGUCAACCAGCUGAAGGAAAGCAUUUUAUCUACAAUUAUUUCAGUGUAUGUGGCAUAAUAAUAUUUUCAAAUUUAAGAGUUGUUUUCAUAGUUAAAGGUAUCUGCCUUUUCUGUAAUGUUUGGAAAUAGAAGCAAUUUAUUAUGAGUUUCUACAGGUAUUUUUAAGCAGAGCAAACAUGUUGACUUUAAAAUACGAAUGACUCCACCAAUUCUGCUUUGCUCUGGUCGAACUUAGUGUGUGCUCAUCACCUGUCAUUUGUUUGUGAGGAUGUUUAUUCUGUAUGAAUAUUGUUUCAUGUUUGUAUGGGAAAUUGUAGCUAAGCAUUUCAUUGUCUCCAGUCUGGGAAAGAAGCACAAUUCUAUUGCUUUGUCUUGCUUAUAGCCAUUAAAUCAUUACUUUUACAUAGAUUGCUGUUACUUCUGCUUUCUUUAAAGAUUCAGUAAAUGAUGUUUUAUGAAGCCACAAAAUACAUAUAUUUUUAUUUUGACCUAAAUUUGUACAGUCCUAUUGUGUGUUGUUUCUAAUUAUAGAUGUAAAAUUAAAUUUCAUUUUUAAUUGGAAAGAUUCAAUAAAGGAUAUUCAUUUAGAAAAUAGCUAUGAUCUUUAAUUAAAAAUUUGCUAUGAAAAGCACAAUGUGCAUAAGUUUUGGGAACCCUGUAGUGGAUUACGAGAGCUAAAACCUAAGGAGAAUCCGUUGUUGUCUUCAAAUGGUGUUGCUAGGUAAAUGCUUUGUUGUAUAUUGCUUGGAAGCCCAAUGAAAGAUGUAUCUGUUUAUUUACAAUAUUUGAAGCAAAAGUUAGUAAUGUUUGCCAGUUUUUGGUGAAUUUAACUCAUUUUUCUAGGCUUUUCUUAAGGUUUUCACGGUGUUAUCUGGGACAGAAGACAUCUCACCCUCUAUGAUGGACGGCACUUAAGGCUUACUCAGCAGUGUGUCACCACACUUGAAAACAUUUCCAUUUAUUGUAUCUGGGGAGAGGCUUUUUACCCUUACUCAAUUUGAAAAUUGCUUAAGCUUAAAAGAUAUUUCAGUCAAAAAUUGUCUUUUAAUAAAACAACAGAAAGAUGAA